AUGGCGCAGGGGAGCAAUAACAAGAAGGAACUAUUCUCAUGUGCCAUGAAAGGGGAAUGGGACAAGGUCAUUGAUAUGUACAGGCAAGAUGCGGGGCUUCACAAGGCCAGAAUUACUGGCUCAGGACCCACUGCUUUGCACAUAGCAGUCGCUGAUGGGAAGCAGCACGUGGUGAAGCAGAUGCUCGCCGCCAUGUCCCCGAAUGAAGAGGAACGCAAGAAGGCUCUGCGAACUCCUGGUUAUAGAAACAGCACUGCUUUGCAUGUAGCGGCUGCCAUGGGCAAUGUCAGAAUGUGUCACAUCAUUGCCAGCGUGGAGCCCACCUUAGUGGAUGAUCGUAACGUUGACGGCGAGACGCCUCUCUUCGUGGCCGCUCUCCGAGGCAGGAAACAUGCUUUUCUUUGCCUUCAUCGCAUCCGAAACCCUGACGUCCAUACUCCUCUCUUCUAUGGUAACUGUAGAAGGAACAAUGGUGACACUAUCCUUCACGCUGCAAUCUAUGGUGACUACUUUGAUCUUGCAUUUCAGAUAAUUCAUCUGUAUCAAGACCUUGCGAAUUGGGUGAACGAGGAAGGGUGCUCUCCUCUGCAUUUGCUAGCAUCAAAGCCUUGUGCUUUCAGAAGCGGAAGCCGCCUUGGAUGGAUGGAAACAAUCAUUUACCACUGUAUAUGUGUUGAGGAGCUUGAGGCAGAAAAUCCACCGCAUCACAGUGAUAGCCAUGAUUGUCCUGACAACUAUACUAUGGUGUGGGACUUUUUCUCGCCAAUAAAGAAAGCGGUCGCUUAUGUAUUCUGCCCGCGCAGUAAACCUGCUGAAGCAGAUGCGGAAAAUCCCGGAGCCGGAGGAUCUGAGGGAUUGAUGAGGAUAUAUCGGCAAAAGCAGAACCAUAGAUGGUCUGCUCAAAUAGUGAAACAACUUCUUCACUCCCCUUCCUUGCAAUUGCAUGAGUACGAGGAUGACGGGGGAGACCCUCGGGGAGAAGGCUAUAAUAAUACGACGUCAUCACAGCAGGAUGCCACCUCCGACGCAUCACCAGUCAAACCUAGCAGCACCAACGACAAAUGUACUAUGUGUUGUCACAGGAAGCAUUUAAAUUGUGCAGAAGAUGAGUGCGAGGAUGAUGGACGAAAACCUCAAGAAGGCUACAAUACGACGUCUCCACAGGAUGCCCCCUCCGACGCAUCGCCAGUCAAACCUAGCAGUACCAACGACAAAGGUACUAUGUGCUGUCACAAGAAGCAUUUAAAUUGUGCAGAAGAUAAGCGAAGUCCUAAAAAACCUACAGCAGAGACUCCUAUAUUAGUGGCGGCAAAGAAUGGUGUGAUGGAAAUCGUAGAGAUAAUUGUGGAGUUUUUUCCCGCAGCUGUUUACGAUCAAAAUGAAGAUAAGAAGAACAUUGUGCUACUGGCAGUAGAACACAACCAACUUCAAGUGUACCAGUUCUUGGGGGAGAAGAAUAUUUAUAAAGAGAGCCUAUUCCAUCAGGUGGAUAAGGAGGGAAACAGCGCAUUACACUUGGCAGCCACACUUCGCGACGACGAGCAUUGGCUCAUUCCUAGCGAAGCUCUUCAAAUGCAAUGGGAACUCAAGUGGUACAGGUUCGUGAAAAAGAAAACGCCACCUGAUUUCUUUGGCCGAUAUAACGGGAUGAAUGAAACCCCAGAUGCUGUGUUCACCAGAACUCACAAGGACCUCGAAAAAAGAGCCGCUGAGUGGAUGAACAGAACCUCAGAAUCAUGCUCGGUAGUGGCCGUACUAAUUGCCACGGUGGCCUUUGCCACAGCAGCCACCGUGCCCGGUGGAGUCGAUCAAGAAACAGGCCAACCAACACUUGAAGGUGAGUUACAAUUCCAACUGUUCGCCAUCUCAUCACUCGUAGCCCUGGCCUGCUCCAUCACGGCCCUGGUGAUGUUCCUAUCUAUACUCACUUCUCGAUUUCAAGCGAGAGACUUUGAAAAAGUCUUGCCCACAAAGUUACUGAUAGGUUUGACUUCCUUGUUCCUGUCGCUUGCUUCUAUGUUGGUUUCAUUUUGUGCGGGACAUUUCUUCGUGCUCAAGGAUACACUUCAUUAUCUUGCUCUUCCAUUAUAUGGGGUGACCUGCCUCCCUGCAACGCUUUUUGUCCUGGCACAAUUUCCACUGUACAUUGACCUUUUAUCGGCAACCUUUAAGCAUGUUCCCAAAAGUAGCGGCAGGCCCAUGCUGCUUGACGUCAAUGGCGAUCCUCAGCAAACUGUGGCCCAACAAAGUAGAUCAUAUCAUCAAUCUCUUAAGCCACGAAGCAGGAAAGCAACAACAGGGCACUACUCUCAUGUGCCAUGA